AUGUCUACCGAACAACAACACCACGUUCCACAAGCUGUCCUUGAUGAAGUCUUGAAGAAGGAGAAGGAAUUUGAAAAGACUCAAGAAGCCAAGAAGGAACAAAAGGAAAAGAUGAAAGGAGCAGUGUUUGAUGAAUUGAAAGAAAAGGAAAAGGAGUUUGAAAAGACUCAAGAAGCCAAGAAGGAGCAGAAGGAAAAGAUGAAAGGAUCAGUGUUCGAUGAACUCAAGGAAAAGGAGAAGGAAUUUGAAAAGACUCAAGAAGCAAAGAAGGAACAAAAGGAAAAGAUGAAAGGAGCAGUGUUUGAUGAAUUGAAAGAAAAGGAAAAGGAGUUUGAAAAGCUUCAAGAGGCCAAGAAGGAAACUGGUGAGAAGAAGAAGAAUUUGCAAAACGAAUUGUUGCAUUCCCAUGUUCAACUCAAGCACGUUGAAACCAAGGAGACUCAUGAGCCUCCAGUGAAGGAACAAUAG